GCUAGUUUUCCAACCGCCAAUAAAUACCAAAGAAGAAGAAAAGCUAGCAACUUAAUGGACAGUUUACAGCUGAUUAGCCAGAGGAAACAAGAAAAAGUGAAACCCUGCAAAUGACAAAAUGAAAAUGAGGCGACAACUAACAGACACACAGGAUUCAAGACAGGAUUAUGUUCCUGAACCAUUGCUGCCUGCGGACCAUGUGCUGUACUCUGGAGCUAUUAUUUUCCCAGGUGCUUUUGACCUUCAUGGCCGACCCUUGUUUGUGUUCCCGGUGGAUGGGCAUGCAAGACUGCCUGAACUCAGCAAAGCAGAAGUGGUGGAUUUCAUCAAAUACUUCCAUUGUCUUUACAAGAAGCAGCAUCAUAGCGACACUUUGGUGUCGGUGGUGGCUGACCUUAGUGAUGCUUGCCUUUUCACAGUCAAGUUAAUUGCGGAUAUUUUGCUUCUGCUCGAGAAUGCCAAGAGGACCAUCCACACUGUUUAUAUGGUUCGACCCCAAAGGAAGGAGGUUUUGAAGUUGUUGCAGGAAAUCUUGCUUCCAAAGACUCGCUGUACUUCUUUUAAGAUUGUCCUCUUGAAUGAGGAACGUGAUCUUUGUGACCAUAUUGACCAAAGCCAGCUACCAACAUGGUUGGGAGGCUUCCUUAUUUAUUGCCAUCAGAGCUGGGUUCCUUUCAUUAAGGAGAUUGACGCUUUUGUCCAGGAGUUUACUUCUGUGGUGAAGAGGAUGCCAUCAUGCAUUGCAAGCAUGCGGGCCCUGUGCGGUUUACCCUUGCCCACCGCCGUCAGAGACCUGCAUCAGUUCUGCUCUUUCAAUGAAGCCAAAUUCCAUCAGCUCAGAAGCAGCGAGGUGGAGUUUAGUGGUCCCUCAGACCCAGGCAUUCCCAGCAAGCAGUCCAACACGUGGAGAGACCAGCCCAAGACACAACCUUGCAAUUGGACUGUUGGUUCACAAGUCAGCUUGGAUGAUCCUCAACUUGGUUCUAUUUGUAGAGUUCUUUCCAGCACCUUUACGGAUGGAAGAGAUCAGUCCUGUUGUUCCACAGACAGAAUCCCUAGUCUUCUCUGGGAUUCUUAUGACCUACACCAGGAAUCCAUCAAUAGUGGGAUCAAUGUUACCAUAAAGGACUUCCGUAUGAAAGAGCAUAAAGUAUUGGAGAUGGAGACGGACCAAGCUUCUGAAAUAUUGGAAGUGGGAGACAACGUUCUUGCUCAGGAGAUCAUGUUGGAAGUAUGGGACAAUGAAAAGCAUUUUGGUUUGAUGUCGUCCACUCGCUUGCUUGAAGAUGCUGUUGUUGGUCUAGAAGAUGCUGAAGACCGUGUGGACCAUGCAGAACUCCUGAACUUGAGCAGUUCCCAAUUAUCUGGUUCAGGAGUUGAAUCUAAAGCUUCCAUAUGCGGGUGUUGUCCUGAAGCCACAGUGGUGGCAGAAGCUGGCUUUCACAGGCCCAACCUGACGACCGAGCCGAGGGUUGUCCGAGUCAAGCUUGACCUGAUGGUGCAAGACAAGGUCAAAGGUCAUGGAACUGGAUACCGCAAUGAAAAACAGGGACGAGCCAUUGAGGGUUUCCAGAUAGAAGCGGAGAAAGGUGUGGAGAUCAAUUUAGACCCUGAAUGUAAACAGAAGAUCACUCUUGCUAAAAGUCAUUGGAGGGAAACGGAUUCAAGUCAAACGGUUUGGGACACGCUUUCAGCAGGUCUUUGUCGCAGACCCUGGGGGUCACAUUCUGCUGCAGUUCUGGAACAUGCUGGCAGGACUGAAAUUGCUCAAACUGAUUCAAGUAUGGGAAGAAAGACCGGGAUGCAAAAUAUGGACCAAAGCCCUGACUGCCAUCUGGCUUCCGAAGGGAUGAUAGUCUGUUUCUACACUGAGAAUGCUGGUAUGGAUCAAGAACGAUGUUUCCCAAGGCUUCAAACAAGACCCGAUUGUGCAUUUGACCCAGGCGGGCAGUCAUUGAGCGCCAAUCUUGGCAAACAUGACAGUCCUCAUCCCUGUGAGGUGAUCAGUUCACCUCCAUCCCCAGUUGCUAAGAGUCUUUUGGCGCUACAAAGAAACUCUUUGGUGUCCCUGUCUGAAGAUAAUCCUGGCCACGGUCUCGGAGAGAAUGGAAGAGUGUGGUUAGAAUGCAUCUCUUCUGACAUGAGCCGUAAAGAUGACACGUCAGUGGGACCUUUGCAGAAAAAGGAGUGUUGCAUGGCCACUUCUGCACAAAUGGAAACAUGGAGGAACAUGGAGAGAACCUGGUGCAUGGCUCUCACCAAGGAUGUCCUGUCUCAGUGUGGGUUGUCCAACUGCUGGGUUGUCACCGUGAUCACAGAACAUUUCAGGACCAGUGCGAUCCUGCUUAAGCCUGCAGUGAUUGGACUGUACUCUCAUGAGGAAAAUGAGGAUUUUCCUGUUGACCUGCACCAUUGCUCUGUGGGACAAGGUCUACUUUCAGGUAGGGACGUCGUGCCUCUGGGUGUGUCUUGCAGAAAUAGUGUGGAAACUAGACUGCCUCAGCUCUGCACGAAUCAGUCAGGAAGAAUGAAGAGUUGGGAACUGACUUUCUGCAGAAAAUGUUUUUAGUAAGAGGCUACCAUUUUUGUUUUUUUUUGUUUUUUUUAACUUCUGAAAGUUCAGUACAAUGCACCUUUUUUUCUGUUCUCAAUUUUUGUCUGUCCUUGGUGUCAGUCUUCACAAAGAACUCGUUUCUGCGUUGUCCUCAACUCCAGUUAAAGCUGGCCUUUAAUUGCAGAAUAAGUUUGAGUAUAAGUAACUCAACAAUAAAUGUUUUUAAUGUCAAAUUAUAAUAUUUAUCCAAAUUUAAGCGAUGUGGGGUUAUUUCAAGGUGAAAUUUGCAGCUGUUUUGGGCUCAGACUUGCAACAAGCUUCAAAACGUAACGAUUUGUUGCUGUUUCUGCUUCUGCUAUCACUUGUGUCAAAUUCAGAAACAGUUUGAAGUCUUCCCAUUGGCUGAUGGAUUGAAUUUUAUUGAAGAUGGUUUGAAGAAAUGUAUAAGGUAGAAUAUGGCCUGUAUGCCACUUUAUUCUACAAGUGGCAUGAUCUUUAUUUUCUAUUUAUUCUGUUUUAGUGCAUUUGCUGUGCCUCUUUUUGCUUGAGAAUUUGGAUUUGAUGCUUUGACAUUGAGCAGUGCCAAAACUACAGCGCGUUUCUCUCACCGUCUGUUUUUGCAAAUUUUUUCAACCUUGUUUUUCUGAAAGUGUUUAUUGUGUGGUGUGCUGUGCUUUCUGCUGACAUGUCUUUGUAUUUUAACACUUUCACUUCUACAGGGUUGUCAUGUGAUUUGAGAAGCGGGAGGUCUUUAAACUGUUUGACAUUUUUAGUGGUACACGGUUGUCAUGUGACCAUCAAUUCAAGAGUUUGAGCUGUGUGAAACUUUAGCAUCCUUUACUGCCUGCUGCACCUUGUCAACCUUAUUUAUUUGUACAAUAAAUAUUUAGUCCACUUUA